GUUCGGCAACAAUCGAAUCUCGAGAAAGAGGCGUAGCUGCGUUUGACUGUCGUGAACGUCAAGUCCCAUAAUGCAACUGUGACUAACUACGUGCGUAGAUGUCCGAUCCGAAGACAAACCAGUAGCUUUUAGCUGCGGGACAUUGAAUGACUUUGUACCCGUGUGCGUUAAGAAAGUUCUCUGUUUGACAGGUUUAGAAUCGGCGCUAAUGGAGGCACUUAUACCUGUCAUAAACAAGCUGCAAGACGUAUUUACAACUGUCGGCGCAGACACAAUCCAACUGCCGCAGAUAGUUGUUGUGGGAACACAGCCUUGUGGCAUCGAUGGAGAAGAAUGGGGCAAAUUCCUACACACCAAAAACAAGAUCUACGCAGAUUUUGAGGAAAUCAGACACGAAAUCGAGACAGAAACGGAACGAAUUUCUGGCAGUAACAAAGGAAUUAGCGAUGAACCCAUUCACCUAAAAAUCUUCUCUCCACAAGUUGUGAAUCUCACAUUAGUGGAUCUUCCUGGCAUCACCAAGGUACCAGUGGGCGAUCAGCCAAAAGACAUAGAGAUCCAGAUCAGAGAGCUGAUUUUAAAGUAUAUCUCCAACCCCAAUUCAAUCAUCUUGGCUGUGACUGCUGCCAACACAGAUAUGGCUACAUCAGAGGCUCUCAAGGUGGCCCGUGAGGUUGACCCUGAUGGUAGGAGGACGCUAGCAGUGAUAACCAAGCUUGACCUGAUGGAUGCUGGUACGGACGCCAUGGAUGUCCUGAUGGGCAGAGUCAUCCCUGUUAAACUGGGCAUUAUUGGAGUAGUAAACAGGAGCCAGUUGGAUAUCAAUCAGAAGAAGCUGGUGGCAGAUUCUAUUCGAGAUGAACAUGCAUUCUUACAAAAGAAGUACCCCUCCCUCGCAAACAGAAAUGGAACCAAAUAUCUGGCUAGAACAUUGAACAGGUUACUGAUGCACCACAUCAGAGACUGUCUCCCUGAGCUGAAGACGAGGAUCAAUGUGCUGGCAGCGCAGUAUCAGUCUUUACUCAACAGUUACGGUGAACCUGUCGAGGAUAAGAGUGCCACGUUGCUUCAGAUUAUCACCAAGUUUGCUGCAGAGUACUGCAACACAAUAGAGGGCACGGCCAAGUACAUCGAGACAGCUGAACUGUGUGGUGGAGCACGGAUUUGUUAUAUAUUCCACGAGACGUUCGGUCGCACGUUGGAGUCAGUCGAUCCUCUGGGCGGUCUGACAACCAUUGACGUGCUCACUGCAAUCAGAAAUGCAACGGGCCCGAGGCCGGCUCUGUUUGUGCCCGAGGUUUCAUUUGAGUUGCUCGUGAAGCGGCAGGUCAAGCGUCUGGAAGAGCCCAGCCUGCGCUGCGUGGAGCUAGUUCACGAGGAGAUGCAGAGGAUCAUCCAGCACUGCAGUAACUACAGCACGCAGGAGUUACUGAGGUUUCCAAAGCUUCAUGAUGCUAUAGUAGAGGUGGUCACAUCCCUUCUCAGAAAAAGGCUCCCAGUCACAAAUGAAAUGGUACAUAACUUGGUUGCCAUUGAGCUGGCGUAUAUCAACACCAAACACCCCGACUUUGCUGAUGCCAGUGGCCUUAUGAACAACAACAUCGAAGAGCAGAGACGGAAUAGACUGAGAGAUCUGCCCUCUGCCGUUCCCAGAGAUAAGUCCCUUAGAGGUCCUGGGGGGCAGUCUCUCUCCCCCACCGAAACUUCUGCCCAUGAGGGCGAGGUCACUAAGGGAGCAGCCAGUGUUUCUCAGAGCUCUUCUGUCAGUGACCAGACAGACAGUGGCACGGGCAACUGGAGGAGCAUGGUGAGAAAGGGCGAGGAGGUUCCAGCUGGUGACAGGGCCAUGCCCCAGCCUCUUAUCACUGCAAGUCCCCAGAAGGGCUAUGCUGUCAACCUAUUAGAUGUGCCUGUUCCAGUAUCAAGAAAGUUGUCUGCUCGGGAGCAGAGAGACUGUGAGGUCAUCGAGAGACUCAUCAAGUCAUAUUUCCUCAUUGUUCGGAAAAACAUCCAAGACAGUGUACCAAAGGCAGUGAUGCACUUCCUGGUGAACCAUGUGAAGGACUGCCUGCAGAGUGAGCUGGUGGGUCAGUUAUAUAAGACGACGCUGCUGAGCGACCUGCUGACAGAGUCCGAGGACAUGGCUCAAAGACGCAACGAGGCUGCUGACAUGCUCAAGGCGUUGCAGAAAGCCAGCCAGGUGAUAGCAGAGAUCCGAGAAACCCACCUGUGGUGAGGAUGAGCAAUCUUCAGCAAGCUCUCUUCAUCCUUGUGGGGACCCUCACUGUCUUCAUGUGGACCAUCCCACCUCCCUGUCGAGUCAUGCAGCAGCUCAGGCUGUAGAGACAACUCAGAAAUGCACUGGUGUGGAUAUGUGUAUAUGGAAACAUAGUUUUAAUGUACAGCAAGGAAGUAAUAAUCAGGGGAAGUACAUUUUAGUCACUCGCCAUCGGCAUCACGUAUACUUCUGUCCUAGAUUAUUAUAUUUUUCUUAAUGUAAGUAAAACAGUACAUAAAUAAUAUUAUACAUCACCACUAUGUGGAGCCUUGCUGAGGAAUAUGUGCUCCAACUGUAGAUUUUGAUUAAAGCUACAAAUGAAAACUCA